GAUUCGAGCUGGGCACAGGCGGCGUGACCUCAGGACCCGAGGAGCGCCAGCUCCCCUGAGUGCUCCUUAGUUUGGGGUCCCACAAAACGUGAUCACACAAAAAACUUUUCCACAGAUAGGAAAACGGCACCAAAAUUUUACUCCCACAAUCCCCUCGCCUCCUACGCCGCCGCCCGCAUUUCGCGCUUCGCCGCAGGAGUGGAGUGACCGCUUCGUCUGGAAUGCCAGCUCUGCGAAAUUCCAGCUGCUCAACGCAAACCAAAUUCCCGGCUGAGACGCAAAGCCAGGAGACCUCAAGCUCCAGCAACACGCCCCUAUUUUCCCCGUGCUUCAAAAAAAGAGCCCGGCUGGCCGUCGCGCGACGCAUGCUGGGGCAAGUAGUUCCCCGAGCCCGCCCGGCGCAGGGCCUACUCCCCCAUGGACUACAAUUCCCGAGGUGCCGUGAGGCUCAUUGUAAGGGGCGGGGUGGACGGGGAGUGACACACGCUUGCGCGGGUCGGAGGAGGCGGGGGCUCCGCGGUCCAACUGCUGAAGCGUCUCCAUGUGACAGUGAGCAGGGUCCCCGCUCCAGGCGCCGCCCGACUCUGUCCUCGACCCUGAGCACUGUCCGCCGUCCCGGCGCGCUGGGUGUUUGCCCGUGCUGCCCGAGGAGCUGCCCUUGGCGCCCCCGGGGCAGGUACCUGAGGGGCCCCGCCGAGACCCCGGCGUCUCCCGAGAGAAGCGGGCAGCGAGGCGGGCGGGGAUCCCUGUCAGGAACCCCGAGCGCCGGGACAUGAACGGCUUCACGCCUGAGGAGAUGAGCCGCGGCGGGGACGCGGCCGCCGCGGUUGCCGCCGUGGUCGCCGCCGCCGCCGCCGCUUCGGCAGGGAACGGGCCCGGAGCGGGCGCGGGGCCCGAGGUGCCGGGCGCCGGGGCGGUGUCGGCGGCCGGGCCCCCGGCGGCGGCGGGGCCGGGCCCCGGGCAGCUGUGCUGUCUGCGGGAGGACGGCGAGCGCUGCGGCCGCGCGGCGGGCAACGCCAGCUUCAGCAAGAGGGUCCAGAAGAGCAUCUCGCAGAAGAAGGUGAAGAUCGAGCUGGACAAGAGCGCAAGACAUCUUUACAUUUGUGAUUAUCAUAAAAACUUAAUUCAGACUGUACGAAACAGAAGAAAAAGAAAAGGGAGUGAUGAUGAUGGAGGAGAUUCACCUGUUCAAGAUAUUGAUACUCCAGAGGUUGAUUUAUACCAGUUACAAGUAAAUACACUUAGAAGAUACAAAAGACACUUCAAACUACCAACCAGACCAGGACUUAAUAAAGCACAACUUGUUGAGGUUUAGCAGCGUCACUGGUCACGAGCCCACACAAGUGCCAGUAGCACUCCAAAGGUGUGACAACCCAAAAUACCCCUAAGCGUUGCCAGACGUCAUCUGGGGAGAAAAUCACCCUGGUUAAGAACCACUGAUGUAGCCACACCUAAAAUACUGGUUCAGUACAAGGUGAGACUGCAUAUUUUCAAGUGUUCUGAGUAUACUGACAGCUAGAAAAUACAGUUGGUGAAUAAUCAAAUAAUGUCUUUGUUCUUGCUAUGACCAUUUUAAGAUUUACUUGCUAUUUUAUUGAUGAGCAAAAGCUGGAAUAAUUGGUAUUAUAGAAUCCCCCCAUUUCCGGCAUUCCAGAAGUCUCUGUGAGGUUUUUUUCUUAGCUGUAUGAAAUUGAACCACUUAGCUACAAGAUGAGGUGGUUUAUUUCAAGAAAGUAUUAGUUCUACAUUUUAUACUUUGACCUAAAUUUAAAAAGACUGAUUUUUUUUGUAAUAAAAACUUGACUGUAGGCUUACUCUUU